AUGUCGUUUGGAGCAGGAGAAUCAAGAAAGCUGUACAUAGUAUACAUGGGAGAGAAGCAACACGAAGAUCCAAACUUGGUCACUGCAUCACACCAUGACAUGCUCACUUCACUUCUUGGAAGCAAGGAGAAAGCUCUAAGUUCAAUAGUCCACAGCUAUAAGCAUGGAUUUUCAGGCUUCGCAGCUUGGCUCGCAGAGUCUCAAGCAAAGAAAAUUUCAGAUUUUCCUGGAGUACUCAGUGUGACGCCAAACCGUAUGCAUCGUGUUCCCACAACUAGAAGCUGGGAUUUUCUUGGCCUAAAUUGCUACCAACCUACGGCCACAGGAUUACUUCAUAAGGCUAAUUACGGCGAAAAUGUGAUUAUUGGAGUCAUCGAUUCUGGUACAUGGACAGAAUCAAAAAGCUUCAAUGACCAUGGUUUUGGUCCCGUGCCAUGCCGGUGGAAAGGCGAAUGUCAGGCGGGACAAUCAUUUGGUUGCGAGAACUGCAACAAAAAGUUAAUCGGAGCCCGAUGGUAUCCCUAUGGGUUCGAUGCAGAGAAACUCAAAGGAGAAGAAGAAUCUCUAUCUCCACGAGACCGUGCCGGCCAUGGAACACAUACUGCCUCCACUGCAGCUGGUGUGCUUGUGGAGAAUAUGAGCUUCCACGGCCUGGCAGCUGGGGCGGCGCGAGGUGGAGCUCCGCGUGCUCGGCUGGCAAUUUACAAGGCCUGCUGGGGUCCACAGAUCCAGUGUAGCGAUGCCGCCCUACUCGCAGCAAUAGAUGACGCCAUCCAUGAUGGUGUGGACGUCCUUUCUUUAUCGCUUGGUGGGCCCACAGAGACGCCUGGAACUUUACAUGCCGUCGCCAAGGGGAUAGCCGUUAUCUUCGCUGGCGGAAACGACGGCCCCUCUUUCCAGACCGUGGAGAACUCAUCUCCAUGGGUCAUAACAGUCGCUGCAAGCACGAUCGACCGCGCUUACCCUACGGUCAUCACACUUGGAAAUAAUCAGAAAUUGGUGGGUCAAUCCAAGUAUUAUGGAGUCAAGAAAGAUGACAAUUUUAGAGAACUAGUUUGGGGUUCAAACUGUACAGCUGAUGCUAUAAAUGCUAGUGAAGUCGCCGGGAAGGUUGCUCUGUGCUCUGUUCGUACCUCAUUGGACACUUUCGGGCCGUCGUUGAGGGGGGCCAAGGGUAUUAUUCUCGCCAUGUACACCACCAAUCUUCUAGAUUUUUUCACGCAACUGGAAGGAUUCCCGGGUGCUGCUGUAGACUACGAAAUGGCAUUCCAGAUGAACAAAUAUAUAGAUAACGCUAGAAGCAAAAAUAUGACCCCGUGGGUGAAGAUUGCUCCAACUCAAUCCACCAUAGGGAGUGUUGUUGCGCCGAAGGUCGCUGCUUUCUCAUCGAGAGGUCCCAGUACAACAUUUCCAGAAGUGCUCUAGCCUGAUAUUGCUGCCCCAGGAGACACCAUUCUAGCAGCAGUGAAGGACGAAUACGAAUUCAUGUCAGGUACCUCGAUGGCAUGCCCACAUGUGUCCGGAGUUGUAGCAUUGCUCAAAUCUCUACAUCCGAAUUGGUCUCCUGCAGCUAUCAAAUCAGCUCUCGUCACAACUGCAUCGGUAACUAAUGAAUAUGGCAUACCGAUAACGGCGGAGGGAGAACUGAGAAAAGUAGCCGACCAUUUUGACUUUGGCGGAGGACACAUUAACCCGAACAAAGCUGCUGAUCCCGGGCUUAUCUAUGACAUCAAUCCAAAAGAUUAUGUUAAAUACUUCGAUUGUAGUCUUACUCGAACGGAAGAUUGCAAUGCAACAAGAGGACCUUUGUAUCAUUUGAAUCUUCCCUCCAUUGCCAUUCCUAAUCUCAGAACAUCUGUAACCACAUGGAGAACAGUUACAAACGUGGGUCAAGUUUAUGCACGCUACAAGGCAAUCAUUGAAUCUCCUCCAGGUGUUAAGAUGGUCGUGGAACCUUCUUCCCUUAUUUUUGAUGCAACUGCAAAGAUGCGAACUUUUAAGGUGACUUUCACGGCUACUUACAAGAAACAGGGGGACUAUACUUUUGGAAGCUUAACUUGGAGUGAUGGAGGAACCCACUCGGUGAGGAUUCCCAUAGCAGUUCGAGUAAUAAUUGAGGAUUUCUAUGCAGAUACUGCAUAAAAUCAUUCUCGAAGCUCUUGUAUUUCAGGUCCACUUGCCUUAUAAGUAUGUUAAUUGCAAUAAAUGUCAUGCCAGAAACUUAUGUUCUAUGAACUAUGAUCAUGUACCUUGCAUGACUAAUAAAAUAAAUGCCAUUCUAGAAUUUGAUGUCCUAUGAGCUUGAUACAAUCUC